AUGACGACACCGAGUUUUCUAUUAGCCUUUCGACGUUUCACGGCACGACGCGGCGUUUCUUCCGUAAUCUAUUCGGACAACGCUACGACCUUCAAGAAAGCAGAGAAGGAAAUUUGGAAGGCGUUGAAAGGCCAGGGUUUCCAGGACCACCUCGCCGGUCAUAAGAUUCACUGGAAGUACAUAAUUGAACGGGCGUCGUGGUGGGGCGGCUUCUGGGAACUCCUGGUAAGUAGUGUGAAGACAGCCUUAAAGAAGACCCUCGGGAAAAACAGGCUCACCUUUGAGGAGCUGACGACCGUGCUGCACGGUAUCGAGGCGGUCAUUAACUCUCGACCCAUUACGUUUGUAAACGACAGCCCUGCUGACGAAGGACCGCUUACCCUGGCCCACUUCUUGGUGGGAAAAAGGACAACUUCGUUUCCACCACUGGACUUCGUACCUCCGAGACCAUCCAACGACACACGUAACCGGUGGUUGCUUCACCAGCAGAUGAUUGACAGCUUCUGGAGGCGGUGGAGGAACGACUACCUCCUUCAACUGAGGUCUGCGGUUCACGGACGUAACUUGCUGCAAGUGGACGACUUGGUCAUCGUCCACAGUGAGCGGCUGCCACGACACAUGUGGAAGACUGGACGAAUAGUUGGACUAUUCUUCGGUAGAGACAAUAAUGUCCGCGCCUGUGCAAGGCAGAGGCAGAGACAAGAAGCUAGCUACGGCAACGAAAUCAGAAGUGGAAGGCGCCAUCAAAUCCUGGCUCCGCCAUGCGAACGAGAGAUGCAAAUCCAAGGAAGCCGAGAGUGA